AUGUCUAAUAACAAUAAUAACAACAACACUACUGAUGAUGUCGAUAUUCUCAAGAUUGUGGAGUUGAGAUUGCAGCUACGAAAUUCAGAAAAUUGUCAAGAAGAAGACGAGUCAGAACAAAGAGCUGAUGCUGCUCGUCUUGAGACAGCUGGAGACUUGGAGCUAGUAGAACUCACCGAAAAAAUUGGCACAACAUCACAGAUGAUCGAUAACAGCCAAGACAGAACCACAGAUGAUGCACAGGUGCCACAACCUACCAUUCUAACAAGACAACCCGAAUUUUCUAGACAACAACCAAGUAAUCCUGGGGCAUAUGCCGUUGAUGGUCCAGGUCUUGCUAACGACAGAGAAAAUCAUUCGAAUGGUAGCUCCGGUACGAGUGAGGAAGGCCUGGACAAUUGGGUUGAAGAAAUUGCAGAUGAUGAAGUCAUUGCACAUCCUAUAGACGAUGAUCAGCAGAUAGGCCUGUUACCCAAUGCAGAACCACUACCAAUCAACCAGAGAUCCAGAGCCUACUACUGGAGGCAAAAGUUGCUUUGUUCCCUUUCCGCUGAGGUCAUUGUGGCUUUCCUUGCUGUAUUUAUCUUUGUCCUAAUUUUUGUGCUGACAUCCAACAAAGGAAACAUAAAUCAGCUACCAAAUCAAAAUGAAUCAAUUCGUAUUCCUGAAAAACCUGUGGAAGCUGCAACAGCACAGACCUUUUUGGAGUCACUCAAUCUACCUCACUACACACUAAAGGCACUGGCAAACUCCAGGUCUCCUCAGUCCAUGGCCUAUCAAUGGUUGGUCAACAACAUCAACAACCAAACCACCACUCAACCAGAUCUAUCAAAAUGGAGACUGAUACAAAGAUUUGCUAUGGCCACAUUCUACUAUUCCACGAAAGGGGACUAUUGGGUGCAACGUCGUGGCUGGUUGGAUUGGGAGACUAAUGAAUGCAGCUGGGAACAAAUAUUUUUGAAACGAACAUUCUCUCCUGACCUUAGCUGUAAUGAGAUGGGAGAAAUCAAAGCACUGGAAUUUUAG